AACCAAAUCAUAAUCCCUUCCAAGCGUCAAUCCAGUACUAUAUUUUUUAUUUCAUUCCAUGUGCUACACUCAAAAAGAGGCUCGAAAUUUUCUAGACUCUUUGCCUGGUAUCUUCAAGAAGCUUAAAACCCUUUGCAAAAAACUCCAAAAUUCACCGCUAUAUAGCUACCCUUCAACUCCAAACGCAUUGUUUUGCUUUCCUCUUCAAAAAUAUGGCUAGAAACCUUGAAAUCCAGAUCGAAGAUAAGAACUCAAAAUUCCCUAGGAACUUGUGGCUAUUGUUACCCAAACUUCCCUUCAACAGAAAACGCAGUGUUGAAGUUGUGAUUGAAAAGAAACCCAACGGAAAACAGUUGAGCGAGGAGAAGAAAACAAUUAAUAAGCCAGCUGAUGAGGUGAAGUUUUCGGAGCCUCGGCCGGCUGUUCCACCGCCUUUGACCCUUGAGGCCGACCAGACAGGAAGGACUUCCAAUCGUGUAAUUCUCUGGCAGGUAUAUGCCAUUGGUGGUUUCUUUUUACUGAAAUGGAUUUGGGCUAGAUGGAACGAAAGGAAAGAGAUGGGAUCCAAGAAGGAAGCGUCGGACGAUGACGAACAGCCACCUGCGGUGGAUGACUCCCAAUAUGUGUGAUUCUCUCUCGAUUUUUGUUUUACUAAACCAAGACCUUAUCGUUUUUUCUGUACCUAUGUUUGCCUCGUUGUUGCUUGUUAUAGUUGGAAAAAAAUACAAUUUCAUGAUUUUGUGUGAAAGAAAAGGGAAAGUAAAGUUUGAAUCCAA